AUGGAUCAAAUGGAAGGACUUUCUGCAGACAGCAACAAGGGUUUUCUCUCAUCUGAAGAGGAGAAGUGUGGGAGAUAUAAAUCCAUUGUGGGAUUUUUAUGCAUUUUGUACAUUUUCCCUCUGGUGGCUUUGCUGGCUACUCUGAAAGAUCCAGUGGGAGCUGCAGCUCAGAAACCUCAGGAAGACGCCAUAUCGCCUGGCCUUCGGGGAGUGAUUGCCCCAGCUCUCCCACACCUACCCCAUACACGGAGAAAACGAUACACACUUACACCAGGGCAGCUGAAAUGGGACCACUUCAACCUGACGUACAGAAUCGUGUCCUUCCCGAGAAAUCUCAUUAAUGAGAGUGUCACACGGAAGGGGUUGGCAGCUGCUUUCCGAAUGUGGAGCAACGUUUCACCAUUCAACUUCAAGGAGGUGCCACCCAACUCAGCUAGUGACCUGAAAAUAGGCUUCUAUUCCAUAAACCAUACUGAUUGCCUGGAGUCACUCAUCCAUCAUUGUUUUGAUGGGACGACAGGGGAGCUUGCCCAUGCUUUCUUCCCGAAAAAUGGGGAAAUCCAUUUUGAUGACCAUGAAUAUUGGAUAUUGGGAAACACUCGGUUCAGCUGGAAAAAGGGUGUUUGGCUUACAAACCUGGUACACGUAGCAGCUCAUGAAAUUGGACAUGCCCUGGGACUCAUGCACUCCCUGAACUCUAAUGCCCUGAUGCACAUCAAUGCCACUUUAACUGGGAAAAAGACCAUCUCCCAGGAUGACAUCUGGGGGAUUCACAGACUCUACGGCUGCACAGACAGACUAUUCGUAUGUCCAUCAUGGGCUCGGAAAGGUUUCUGUGAGACUCGUAGGAAGUUGAUGAAAAAGCACUGUCCGUCCAGCUGUGAUUUCUGCUACGAAUUCCCUUUUCCAACCAUAGCGCCAACUCCUCCUCCACUCAGGACGAAAACCAAGAUCGUUCCUGAAGGCAGAAAUGUCACCUUUCGCUGUGGACAGAAGAUUAUUCAUAAAAAAGGCAAAGUUUACUGGUAUAAAGAUAAGGAGCUUCUGGAAUACUCAUAUCCAGGUUACUUAGCCUUAAAUGAUGACCACAUGAGCAUUAUUGCCAAUGCAAUCAACGAAGGAACCUAUACCUGCAUUGUGAAGAAAAAGCAAAGAAUCCUUACUACCUAUUCCUGGAGGAUUAGGGUUAGGCACUAA